AUGGCUCUGGUGCGUCGCCAGCGCGCUUACUGCCUCUCCCUGCCGCAGCGGCCAGAGCGCUUCGCACGGGCGGAAGCAGCGCUGAAGGAAGCCUUGGAGCCUCUAAUCGAGCUUGAGAUGUUCCCAGGAAUCUACGGAAAUGACUUCCGGCAUCUGUUGCCGGACUUGGACGCCCUGGAAGAAAGCCUGGGAUGUAAGUUGUACCGCCAGUGGCCAAUCUGCGAGGUGGAGGAUGUCCUGCGCAUGCGGCCAGAUCUGGCGGAGCUGCCGGAGUGGAAGAUAUGGGAGAGCUACAUCAGUUGGCACAAGUGUUGGAUCUCGGAUCGUGCCAGCAACUACAUUGACUUCUACAAUCGCCACUUGAAGCUUGGAGAAGUGGCCGCGUGUGUGGGGCACUUCCGACUUUGGCAAAAAGCCAUGGAGGAUGACGUUGAUCUUUGUUUGAUCUUUGAAGAUGAUGCCCGCUUGGCUGGGAGAGAUGCCGUUGAGCAGAUCCUCUGCGAAUUCCAGGUGUUGGAGGAGCAAAACUUCAACUGGGAUCUGAUCUACUUGCACUCGGCGCUCUAUUCCAAGAGUGAAGAGCCUUUGGUCCAACCGGGACUCAGUCGCUUGUGCUUGGCCGGGCACCGCAAGUGGGCGGGCGCCUAUGCGCUGAGUCGCCGGGGCCUGGAGAAGUUGACAAAAAGCGGCUACGACACGUGCAUUUUUCCCGUGGACGACUUCUUGCCAGCCUUACACUCCUUCCAUCCACGUCCAGACAUCCGAAGCCUUCCCUGUGUUGACACGGACACGACUUUCGUCGCCUUGACCUUUCCACAGGAAGCUGCUUUGAUCCAGGUGGAGGAUCGAGGAUCGGUAAGCAAGUUCUCCACUGUGAUCCUGGGGGACUUAGGAGCCUCCAUUGGAGAAGAGGAGGAUCUGGCAGCGCUCCGCAUGACCUUGGAGGAAGCCACCAAGCGAGAGUUGCUGGUGGAGGACGUGAGUAGCAACGAUGGACUGGCGAAGGCUGCUGCCAUCAUGCAGAAGCAGGGCUUUGUCUUGGUGCAGCUGCCAGAGUGUCAGGAGAUCUUUGAGGCGGCGGAGAAGCUUUGGCAGAGCUUCUUUCUUCAAGAGGACAAGGCUUCCUACAGCGGCCUCGAACAACCCCACUGCACUGACCUGCCAUUGGCAGAUGCGGGCUAUACCUUGCAGAACGCGCGGGAACAUUUUCACGUGGUGCUGGGUCUUGCCGCUCAGCAGCGCUGGCCGUGGGAUCCGUCGCAGGCCACUGCGCCGCUGAUGGCCGCGCUGCAAGGGCUUUGCCAAAGACUACUGCGAGAGCUGCCGAAGGGGGACGAGUUGGAGGCGGCCUGGCAGCGGGAGACAGAUCUCACUGGAGACGCAUCCGUCUUUGACAUUUUUCAUUACUUUCCAAUGCAGCAAAGCGAAGCAGGUCUGGCUAUGGCGGCUCACACGGACCCGGGGCUCUUCACUGCGAAGUUUCUGAGUGAAAGCUGUGGCUUGGAGCUAUUGGAUGUGCAUGGAGAUUGGUUGGCCAUCGAGGAGCUUCGAGGAGCUUCGGGGUCGGGCCACUGGGUUCUGGUUUUGGCAGCCGAUCUCCUAGAGCGUUGGACGCACGGUGCUGUGUGCAGCUGUCGCCAUCGCGUACGCGGCCCCGCGCAGUCUGCCGGGCGCCUGUCUUUGGUUUACGACGCUUGGGCCUGGGGACUGGGAUGA